AUGAGUAGUGAAGAUUUUGUAACAUUAGUAUCAGCAGAUAAUCACCGAUUUAUCAUUCUGAAAGAAGUAGCACUGAUCUCAUCAGUAUUGAAAAAUACUCAAGGAUUUGAAGAAAGUAAAACUGGGAAGAUAAACUUGGAUAUGGACGGUGAUAUCUUGGAAUGUGUGGUGGAAUAUUUAUAUUAUCAUUAUAAGUAUAGAGAACAAGCCGAGACGGGGAAUAUUCCGGAGUUUAAUAUCCCUACUCAUUUAGCAUUGGAACUUCUAGUUAAAGCUGAUUAUUUAGAUAUAUAG